AUGGUGCGGCUUCGUGGUCCAGUUUGCAGUUGUGGCAAAGCGUUUCCUAUUUUUGGAAUGCCGGGAGAUGCACGGCCCACUUGCUGCGUCAAGUGCAAGACAGCCGACAUGGUGGACAUCAAGCAUCGCACAUGCACAUGUGGCAAAACGCAGCCUUCCUUUGGAAUGCCAGGAGAUGCACGGCCCACUUGCUGCGCCAAGUGCAAAGUGGCAGGCAUGAUGGACAUUGUGACUUUCAAAUGCAAAUGUGGCAAGUCAAAGCCGCAUUUUGGAAUGCCUGGAGAUGCACGGCCCUCUUGCUGUGCCAAGUGCAAAACGGCAUACAUGGUCGUGAUCGGCAAACGCGUAUGCACAUGCGGAAAAACAUGGGCAGUUUUUGGCCUGCCCGGAGAUGCACGUGCUUCUUGCUGCGCUGCAUGCAAGACAGCACACAUGGUUGACAUUGUUAGUCCUAAGUGUUCUGUGUGUGGCAAGCGUGCUGUCUUUCCAGAUGCAUUUGGCAAACCACGGCGGCUUUGCGCAGUGCAUUCUGCGGAGGUUGGCGCGCAUGUGCUGUCCGCUUCACGGUAUUCGCGUGUGUCGAACGACUGCUUGGAUGCCUUGGAAGAAGAAACUGGCCACGAGUUUCCCUUCCGCUACCGAUUGGAUAAGAUAACGGGGACAUGGUCUGGCAAGGAGUUUUCAGGGCUGAUUUCGGGCCGUGCCCUGCAGCCUGAUGCAUAUCACCCAGAGAAUCGUGAAAUCGUGGAGUUCUUGGGGAAUUACUACCAUGGCUUCCCCCCAGAUCACCCGCAGCACAGCAGCUUCGUGUGCGUGGGCGGCCGGUCGGCCAUGGAGCUCUGCCAAGAGACCAUGGCACGCCUGGAUCUGUUCGCGGCGGCGGGGCUGCGAGUCUCUUACGUCUGGGAGCACGAGUUUACGACAUGGCAGAGGGCAGCUGCGGGCAGCGCAGCACCGCCGAUCUCCAGCAUCCUUCGUGCACACAUUCCCGCAUCGCCUGAAUAG